CUUGCAGCAUUGUACGGCAGCGGCAGGACACACGGCGUCUGACGAUUAAUGUUCCACUUAUGAAACUAAAGAUAAUCUCUGCGUUUUUGCGCCGAGUGCGCUGCCAACGCCGGGAGCCUUCUCGGAGAGAUUACGCGACAGACGCUGUCGCUCUUUCCCCAAAUGCAAAUCCUCGUCAGGAUAGAGAGACCUUGAUGAAGAGAGAGAGGGGGACUGCAGUACACGCUAGGUCUGGAGGAAUAACCAUGGCAACUGCAGCAGCAGCAGCAGGAGAAGCGCUGCUAUAAACAUUGCCAACUGCGCAUUAUAUAGACGAGGAGCGAUUUACGGAGCAAAGGCGGGAUCCUGACUUCAUCACUGCUAAGGUGAUGAGUGCGUCUAGAUCAUGUCUGAAGUACAGGGAACACUGGAGUUUUCUGUAGAGCUGAACAAGUUUCACAAUGUGGAUCUCUUUCAACGAGGGUUCUACCAGAUACGAGCAGGAUUGAUGGUCUCUCCGCGGGUGACGCACAGAUUAAUUGUGACAACGAAUGACAACUCAGGAGGAUGCAGCUUCAACUCUGCUGGUGUCUACGACAGCACUGUGUUCAGCCGGAUAUUUCAGAUCCUUUACCGCAACGAGGAGAUCACAGUGAACGACUGUAUGAUCUUCAAAGUCCACCUGCUGCUGGAUACUGAGAAGGUGGAGGAAACCCUAAGUGAGGUCGACUUCCAAUUAAAACUAGACCUUCACUUCACUGACGAUGAGCAACAGCUAGCCGAUGUUGCUGCCGUCCCUCAGAUCAGCAGUCGGACGCUCAACCUUCACUUUCAUCCACGGAGAGGACUGCACCAUCAUGUGCCAGUCAUGUUUGACUACUUCCACCUGUCAGUCAUAUCUGUGUCCAUCCAUGCUUCACUGGUUGCCUUACACCAGCCGCUUAUCAGCUUUGCACGGACAGGGAAAGGCUCCUGGCUGGGCAAGGAGUCAUCGGAAAGGACAAGCGAGUCAUUGGCUGUCUCUGAAGAAAACCUUAUGUUUGUAGCCAGCUACUGCAAACCGGUCCUCUCUGAGGGAAGCUUUUAUGUGCCCAGUGAAAACUGCUUGGAGAGAGCGCAAGUGUGGCACCGCAGGCUCUGUCGCCUCCUAGUGGUUGCUUAUAGGAGCCUGUACACUUACCACAUCGCGCUGAUGAAGGAGAUCCCUCAGCUUCAACAGACACUGCUGGAUGCAGAUGCUCUGCCUGUUGAAGAAACUCUCAACGCACUGACAUCAAAGCUACAGCUGCAGGAGGGUCAAGAGAAGGUGGGAGAGCAGAUCAGCCGUGAUGUGAGCAGACUGUGCUCCCAGCUCGCUGCACUCUGGAUUCGCUUCCUGCAGAUGGCAGUGCUGAACCCCCACAUCCACUCCUACUUGGCACAGGAGCACCACACACUCAGGGUCAGACGAUUCUCAGAGGCAUAUUUCUUUACAGAACACCCUAAAAAGAUGUGUCUUACUUUUCAAGAAGAGCUUAUCAACAGGCAAGGACAGAUUGCUACAGAGGUGCGGUGCUCCCACUACCUGACCAAGAUGCCUCCUUUAACUGUUGAGUGCCUGGACAUUGAUGGAGACUGCAACAGUCUGCCGAUCAUCUUUGAAGACCGAUACGUAGAGUCUCCUCAGACUGUGAAAGAAACCCAUGUGCCAAACUCUGAAACCACUGAUCCCCAGAAACAUACGCAGACUGACAGGAACAGCAUUUUUGAAGGCAGAGACUGGGCGGCGUCACCAGCAAUAUCACGAGAUGCACCGGACAGUGAUGACCACAUGGACCUGCCCAGUUAUGUGUCACCCAUUGCCAAACAAAGGUCAAACCUUCCAAGUACUGAGAUCAUCUUUCACCAUGAUGCUGCUGUUAAUGGCACUGCUACUUCUGUGAAGAAAGUGAGUGAAGAUCAGGACUCAAUGGGAAAUGACAGUAAUUUGAGUCUGGAGAGCAUUUCACUGAGAACAAUGGAUAUUAAAGCAUGUCCAGAGGACAGCGAUAGCAGCAGUACACAGUCCCCGCCUCUUCAUGAAAAAACAGAGGGAAGAAAAGAUCAAGUGAAGCAGCAUAGUGAUGACAAUGGAGGUAUUGUGAAGCCUUUGACUCACCGGGAUGUUGAAAAUCUUCCUGACAAACUGUCAGCCAGUGCACCCCGCCUGGCAUCAUGCUCCCCAGGUGGUCUCAGAAGAGACCUGGUUCUCCACGGAGGUCUGGUCAGCUCAAAGAUCAUGAAGCGCUCGUCCUCAGUUAUUUCCGACUCAGGUAUUGAAAGUGAACCCAGUUCUGUUGUAUUGCCGGUCGAGAUGGCUUCACAAGGCAAACCCCUCCUUGACUUCUCCAGUGACAGGGAGAUUCCAUAUCAAAUUGCCUGCCCCCACUCAGUCCAUCGAAGUUCUCUAGAGGGUCUGCGAAUGGAGAGCAACUGCAGUCUUCCCAGUGGAGGAAUACAGGCGUCACUGACUUCUAUCAACUCUCUUCCCUAUGAGGACGAUCAACAGGUGAGGCAGCGGAGUACGCUGACCAAGUCUCUGUCUGCACCACAGAUAAGUAGCCCAGAAGACAAUGAAGGGCUAAACGAUACUCUUCAACUCAAAGCAGAUGACUCGGUGAAACAACAAGAUUCAUCUCGUCCUCUGAGCAGACAGGCUGACUGUGAUGCUUGGGCAGGCGAUUCGAAUCCCGACCAAAGUCAUUUUGAAACCCGGCUACAGAGCGUCAUCGGCUCAUGUUCUGUCCAAGAAUCAGCAGAACCCAUUUAUCAGGUCUCUGAUGACCAGAAGGUCUGUCCUCCAGCCUUGCUUAACAAUAUCCAUCUUGUGGAUUCAACGCCCUGCAGCUAUGAUCGUUCAGUUGUCUACAAGCUGGCGAAUCCUUUGCAAACACCUUUGGACUCCAACACCAACAACGGCCCAGACGGCACUGGUGGGGUGCAUCAAGUUCUCGGGUCAACAGACAGUGACGCUACAAUUGCGGUGGAAUUCCCUGGAAUACUCUCCAGUGAGACUGAGACUGCAGAUUUCCCGACAAAGCCCUCAAAAAUCCCAAAUUCUGGUCUGGCCUUCGUCAACAAGAAGAUGGUGGAGGUUGUCAAUAUGUCUGUGUCCUGUGCCCCGACGUGUCUUCCUUUUUCUUCAGUUCUGAGGGACUCAACAUCAAUGAGUGGGAUAUCUACCCGGCAGACCACCUCGCCAAUCACACACCAACCCCUGGGCUCGUUCGGUAUCAUUUCCUCCACUUCACUGAGUCCUCUGGGCAUGGACCACGAGACCAAUGAACAGAUUUUAAACUUCUACAAAGCCAAAGAGGAGAUGUUUGAGCAGUUGAGCUUUCGUGCCAACGUAUACAGCGAUCUUCCCCUCCUGGCUUCUGAAUUGCCCUACUUCCCUCCCGAAGAGGACGAUGAGGAGUUUGAUGGGAUACACCUUGUCGUGUGUGUCCACGGACUGGAUGGAAACAGCGCGGACCUUCGGCUGGUGAAGACUUUCAUUGAGUUAGGUUUGCCGGGAUCCAGGUUGGACUUUCUAAUGUCUGAACGGAACCAGACGGACACGUUUGCUGACUUUGACACGAUGACAGACAGAUUGUUGGAUGAGAUCGUCCAGCAUAUUCAGCUCUACAACCUCACCAUAGGAAGGAUAAGCUUCAUCGGCCACUCUCUGGGGAACAUCAUCAUCCGCUCGGUGCUGACGAGGCCUCGCUUUCGCUGCUAUUUGCCCAAGCUUCACACGUUCCUCUCGCUUUCUGGCCCUCACUUAGGAACCCUUUUCAACAGUAGCACGCUCGUCAGCACAGGUCUGUGGUUGAUGCAGAAGCUGAAGAAGUCUGGGUCUUUGCUGCAACUCACCUUCAGAGACCACGCUGAUCCCAGACAGACGUUUCUCUACCUUCUGAGUCAGAAACCAGGUCUCCAGUUCUUCAAGAAUGUGGUGUUAGUGGCAUCUCCACAGGAUCGUUAUGUCCCUUUUCAUUCUGCCAGAAUAGAGAUGUGUCGCACUGCUCUCAGGGACAGGACCACAGGGCCGGUAUACACGGAGAUGAUCAACAACCUCCUGAAGCCACUGGUGGAGGCAAAAGAGUGCCGGCUCAUCCGUCAGAACGUGUUCCAUGCGCUGCCCAACACCGCCAACACUCUGAUCGGCCGCGCCGCUCACAUUGCUGUCCUGGACUCCGAACUCUUCCUGGAGAAGUUCUUCCUAGUGGCUGGGCUGGACUACUUUAAAUGAAGAACUGGAAUGCAUUACUUUGUUUAUAACAUCCUAAAAGCGUGUAUACUUCUCUGUAAACAGCUUGAAAUUUUCAACUGACUGAACUCCUAGAUGUGAGUUUAGUGUGUAGCCAUGCAAGCAGGUCCUCUAACAGAGGUUGUAGAUGACUUAUGAUGAGCCUUAUGACUAAUCACCCAGAACUAACCCAUGCUAUUUGUGGUGUGAAACUCUAAAAAUAUCUCCCUUUAGACUUGGUUUGGAUCUGUGUGUGUGUGUGUGUGUGUGUGUGUGUGUGUGUGUGUGUGUGUGUGUGUGUGUGUUUGUGCGUGUGCGUGUGUGUGUGUGUGUGCUGGUCAAAACCCUAAAGGCAAUAGAUGCGCAGAAUCAUUCUCCCUCUAUUGUACAGUUGUAGAAAAAUGCUGUUUCUAUACAAAAAUAUAGACUCAACUUAUUUAUUUUUUAAUCUGCUUCUCUCUGUACAGUGUAACUAAUCUACCGACUGGGAUAUACUGUCUGAUAUAGUCAUAAUAUAGGGCAAAUUGCUGUUUUUAUAGUAGAAAAUAUAACCACACCUUGUAGCUGAUUUCAUACCACGCCUCAGUUUUCUUCAUCUUUUCAAUAUCAACCCUGAUCAGCUGAGUUCUUCAACUUACGACACCAAAGAGAAGGUCCUACUCUGAAUAGGUCAAAUCACAUUAUACAUGUUUCCAUCCUGUUCCACUCUAGCCUUGAUGUCAGCCUGACUGUCUCACCUGACUAAGACAGUCUGCGACACUUGGAUCCAGAAGCUGAAUGAAAAUUACUAAAGAGCUGUUUUUAUCAUUGACAUUUUCUGACUAAGAGGCUUCUUUUUUUGGUUAAAUAUACAAUCCUGAAUUCAUAAAAUCCAAUCUAUUUUCACUUAUACCUCACAGUGGUCAGAAAGUGUCUGAUGGUCAAAGACAAGGGUGACACCAGGACAGGUUCCUUGUCUGUCUGGAAAUGAAAAGAUGAGACACUAUUUUUUAUUUUUCAUUAAUGACGUAUAUAGUAUAAUGCGAUUCAUUGCAACACAAUUCAACUCACCGGUUUCUUUCACCCCAGCAGGAGGUAGUGGAUUAGGAGGGGAAGGUGGUCUGUGAGUGCGGUGGAAGAACUAAAAUGUUGACUCCGCUGCUCAAUGUUCCGUACUACACUUUGAUACUAACUACUGAUUAAAUACCGUAUUACUGAUACGCGCGUGUGUGUAUUGCAGUGGAGCUGGAGUUCAUCCAGUGCAGUCCGACGCUCCAUGGUGCAGAGCAGGCAUGAUUAUUCCAAUUCUAAUGUCAGUCUGUUUUCUGAAGCGCUGCCUUCACGCUCAUUUUCUCCUGUCAUGUUGCGGAGAGCCAUCAUCAUGCCAUAUCGUUCUGUCCAUCACGUCGCGUGCACAUGUGACAUGUAAGGAAAUAACCAAGGCGUCUGCACAUGUGAUGUCACCUUUCAGCCAGCAGCUUUGUAUUUACAUCUGUUCUAGUGUGGCAUGUAAUUGCUCCUACCUCACUUGUGAAGGUGUCCUGCUCUCGCUGUAAUCGUUUUCCUCGUUUGUCAGUCACUGUCUUGUCAACCUUUGUGUUGUCUUCACCUGUCAGAGAACAAACGCUGAUGUGUGAAAGUGCUUUUUAGCCACAUAGAGGCAAGUGUUACUCUGACCUCAGAGGCUGUCACAUUAUGUAUUCUGCUCGGCACCGGGUGAGGUUCUUCGUCAGCUGGUGAUUCUUGACGCUGUAUUGUGCGCCUCUGUUGCUUUUGUGUACCAGACAUGCACUGGUACUAUUUUGUGAGUAUUACUUGACAGUAAUACACAUUCAAAUGUUCAAAUUUGUCUUGAUUCUAAUGCAAUACCUGCACUUUCUAUUAACAUAACAAAAAUAAAUAUCUAACCACAAAAAAGACUGAAAAAAAAAAGAUCUUAACUGAAAAGCUGCUUAUAAAAAAUUGAUUUAAGGAACAACGGUAAUUUCUUUUGAUUUAAAAGCAUAUGUACAAAGGAACCAGAAAAUUAAAAAAACACCCCUGAUUCAUAUAUUGAGAGAACAGUCCAGCUAACAUCACUAAAAAAACACAUAAAAAUAAAAAUCCAGAUAUUUCAAUUGGUGUGGAGUUAAGGUAGAUAUAAGUAAUUAAAGACAACAAAUGUUGAACAUUCUGAUCAGUUUUUGUGAUGAAAACAUUUUUUAAUAAUUGAAAAAAAAACUCCAUUUGACUUACGAUAGAAAUGAAUUAAUCUAUUGAGCCUCCUUUAGCAGGUUGCAAUGAACGGUCGACAAAACUGGAAACUGUCAAGCCUGUGUGAGAGAAGAUGUUGGAGAUUAGCGUGUUGUUGUAAUGUCUGUUGUCAUCAUCUUGUUGUUGCUCGUUGUGUUGUCAUACCAGAUGCCAUCACUAACACCACCUGUUGCAGAAAAAGUCAGAACAAGGCUGCUGACUUGCCUGGAGUCUGAAUUAUUAUACAUUGAAUGGAUGUUUGUAAUGGGCCUGGUGAGUGAAUGUACACUGCCACAGUCAGAGGUUUAGACUCACCUUAGACUACUAGGUUCUAUAUUGUAGAUACCGAAGACAUCAAAUGUAUGAAGGAAAUAUGAUAUUAUGUAGCAAACAAACAAAAACAACUUUGAUCACUAAAUAUGAAGCUCAUCGUGGGAAUGCCAUGAGUGUGCAAAGCAGUCGUCACAGCAAUUGGUGUCCGCUUUGAACAGUCUAGAAUAUGAAACAUGUUUUGAGUCAUUUCACUCUUCUUUGUUUACUGCGAAAUUCCACGUGUUCAUUCAUAGUUUUGAUGCCUUCAGUGAGGAUCUGCAGUGAAAAUACCCCUGAAGUCAUGAAAAUGAAGAACCACUCAGUGAGGAGGUUCGUCCAAACUUGUGACUGGUGGUGUGUUGAUGGUGAAUGUAGUGAACACUGCAAUACGAUUAAAGCAGCUGCCAGUUAGUUACUCAAAAGCCAGACACGUCAUAAAGGAGGAAGGUUUUCGCUUACAAAUGAUCAGUCUCAGGCAUUUCCCCACAUAUCACACACACUCUAAUGUCAAAUGAACUCUGUGUUCAGGUCAGUAGCUAGCUAAACUAGUUAACAAACUACUGUUGGCUUCGCUAGUAUUGUGUGUGAAGCCACCCUGAUAGACAACGUUGACCUAAAGAUGGUGUGUUCCGCCAGAACAAACGGUUUUCGUUGUUUGAUGGGUGUGAAGGUUAUUCUGCUGCAGCUGUCAUCAUAUUACAGUGACCCUUGAGGCAGUCUCUGAAAUGGGUGACUUCUCUAUCUGAUCGUACUUGACUUCCGAGCGUGUUUGUCUGCCAGUACAGGAGCAGGUGCAAAACAGGAUGGGCAAUCUAAAUGAACAGUUUCCGUACUCCCAUGAUAUCUUUCUGUACAAGAUGUGUGAGGAAAGAUGCUCCCAUUUGAAUGUCCUUGCGUGUUUGAGCAUCUUUUUUCCCCCUUCCAGUCCUCGGUUAUUCACUGGAUGUAGAAUAUACAGACAAUAUACAAUAUUACUUCAUCUGUGCCAAUGACACU